CGGCUUCUCCAAAUGCCCACCCGCGCCCGUUAACCCGCUAAGCUCUCCAAGACCCGCUCCGCUUCUCUCUCCGGCGAUCUCGCCGGCGACCAUGCCGGCGACGGACUACCAGGGCUCGUCUUCGCACUCCCACCCCUCCCCGUUCUCCUCCUUCGGCCGCUCGCUCCUGUCCCUCCGCCGGGACAGUCCCGCCGUCGGCGCGUCCCCGGCGAUGGCGCCCGGCGAGGAGGCCGACCUGGAGGCGUUCCAGCGGCACGUGGCCCUGCAUCUCGCUGAGCUUAGGGGAGGGGGAGGGGAGGAUGGGUUUCUGUCGAUUGAGUGGAUCCGGCGGCUGCUUGAGGCGUUCCUGCUGUGCCAGGAGGAGUUCCGGGUCGUUGUGGCCCUGGCGCGGCGCCGCGGGGCGCUGCCGGCGGCGGCGGAGAAGAUGGUGGGGGAUUUCUACGAGCGCGCGGUGAAGGCGCUCGACGUGUGCAACGCCGCCCGCGACGGCGUCGACCAGGUGCGGCGGUGGGAGCGCCUCGCCGGCAUCGCGGCGUCCGUGCUGCUCGCGCCGGGGGAGAUCCACGAGGGCCAGCUACGCCGCGCGCGGAAGGCGCUGUCGGACCUCUCCGUGCUGCUCAUCGACGACGCCGCGGCCGCCGCCGGUGGGGGCGGCGUCGCCUCCUUCCUCUCCUCCCACCGCAACCGCUCCUUCGGCCGUGCCCGCGCGUCUCCCUCCCGGUCGGCGACCCUCGCCUCCUCGUCGUCGUCGUCCUCUCACUUCCGCUCGCUCUCGUGGAGCGUCUCCCGCAACUGGUCGGCGGCGCGGCAGCUGCAGGCCAUCGGGUCCGGCCUGGCGGCGCCGCGCGCGCACGAGGGGGGACUCGUGGCGCCAGUGUACUCCAUGGGCUGUCUACUCCACCUCGCGACAUGGGCGCUCGUCGCUGCCGUCCCCUGCCCGGACCGCGCCGCCGCGCUCCAGGCUCACCACCUCCCCGCGGCGCCACCGCGCGCCGCAUUCCCCUGGGUACCGCCGCUCCUCGCGCUCCAGGAGCGCCUCACCGAGGAGGGGAAGCGCAAGGACAGGCGCAAUUCCUGCGGCCUUCUCAAGGAAAUCCACGUGCUGGAGAAAUGCACGCAGCGGCUCGCAGAGGCGAUCGACGCCGCCCCCGUCCCGCUCUCCGGCGAGCGCGAGGCCGAGGUACAGGAGGCGGCUGCCGAGCUGGCUGCGGUUUGUGCCGCCAUGAAAGCCGGCCUUGAGCCUCUUGAAAGACAAGUCCGGGAGGUCUUCCACCGAAUUGUUCGCAGCCGCAUGGAGGGCCUCGAUUCGCCGAUGCUCAACGCCGAUUGAACCGUGGAGAAUUCGCCAUUUGAUCGCGCAAUGUGGUGGUAAUAGGUAAUGCCGAUCGAACCAUCGAGAAUUUGGAUUUGAUCGUGCAAUGUCAAUGUGGUGGUGAUAGGUAGCUCUCCUGUUCUUGGUUUUUUUUCCCCUCACUUGUGGUGGUCUAGUGGUAAUUAUAAAAUGUGUGCCGUUCUGUAAAGGAAGGGGAAAGAAAGGAACCAUCUUUAUGUAUGUAAAGAUGAUUCCUUAUUCCCAUGUUUUGAUGCUGCAUUGCAUUUGGUGUAUAUCAUGGCAUUUUUGUUAGUCCUCCAUGUGUGCGGCUAAUUCUUGUGUUACUUUAUAGUUGAAAAUCUGGGAGGUCACUCUGAAAUGUGACCUGUUGUUGAGAAUGUUGAUCAAAAAAAUGAAAGAAGAAAAAAAAAUCUACUGUAGUUUAAUUCAAUGGCGUUCUUGUCUCAUAACUCAUGUUUAUUCCUGAUAUUUGGAUCAGAUUUGACCAAAGUCAAUCUUU